CGGGGCCUGAGCGGGCCUGGCGGAGCCCGAGCGCGGCCCGGCCCGCAGCGCGGGGUCCCGAGCGCAGGUGUUGUGUGUGCGCGCUGGCCUUGGGAAGUGGGCAGCUCUUCCCAUUCCUCCGUUCCUUCUUACUGUUUUCCAGCCAGCCAGUAUGCUUUUGGAUUGGUUUCUGAUGCCCAGGUCAGGGCCUGUUUUGUUUUCUUUUCCCCUUUAAUGCUAUUUAUAAUUUCCCAGUUGCUAUUUUAAGUUCUUUUGAGGGUAGAUUCCACCUCCAAGAACCUUUCUGGGUGUGUUUCCUCCUAGGCAGGUGUUGAAUUGAGUUCUUCAGAUCCCCAAGUAGCUCUUGGGCAGGAGGGAUAAAAGCUAUUUUAGGGUAGUCACUGAAGUGGAGCUGUUAAUCCUCUGUGGGUCUCUUUAGUUAAGAACACUCAGAGAUUAACCCUUUCUUUGCUGCAAAGCGAGCUGGCUAGCUUAACAGUAUUUGAUGGGAGAGUUGGGAAAAUUGGACUGUGGCAGCAGAAGGUGUGAACAUGCAACUCAGUAUAAAGACCAAGAUAAUAGCUUUCUUUUGCUGGGUACUUAGAGUAGGCCAAACCCAUAGCUGAGCUUUUUGCAUACCUGACUAAAAUAAUCCUUACAACCAGACUGUGAGGUAAGUAUUUUUAGCUUUACAGAUGAGGAAACAGGCUAAUAAUGGAGAAAGAACGCAGUUUCUAUAGAGAUGAUGUAACACCAUAAAAACUAUAGUUUCAUCAGAGGGCAACCUACAUCACAGCACUACAGACGACAGACAGGAGCUUCCAAAGGCCAUACGAUGUAUUGAGCAAGCACUUUUACUUUGGGUAUGGAGCUAUAAUAGAAGACGGUGUAGUAAAGUGGCCAUCCUGGCAAAAGAAAAUUCUGGCCCAGGAGGUAAAGAGCUUGUGUUUGUACUGAGAGUUAGCAGUGAGGGAAAAGAGGAAGGCUGAGUUCUGAGAUGUUGGGAAGGGAAGGAAACUGACUUUGAGGCAUGAGAAGUUAACACUAAGAGGGAGAAAGAAGCUAUACUUAGCACUGUGAAGAGGGGCAGCAGAGAUGUGGCCCUCAUGGGUUCUGCAUGUUCACAUUUUAUGUCACUCUCAAUGGUACCUUUUCGCUUCGUCCUCUAGAAAACAUUUACAAGUUAAGAGAAUGAAUCUCGUUUAGAAAUUGAGAAGAGUGAGGUUCAGAGAAAUGAAGUAACCUGCCUGUGGUUUCACAGCCAGUGAGUGGUGGCUCUUCUGAUAGCAAGUCCAAGGUUCUUUCCGUGCUGCCUCCCCCUUCAGAUCAGAUGCCAGAAGAUCCUAGGGCUGAAAAUACACUGAGUUAUACCAGUAACUGGGAGGGAUUGUGUUUGUUUUAUGGAAACAGGUUCUGUCAGCUUCUCCAUAGCUACGGUUAGAGUGUGAGACCAGAAGAACAGCUUUGAAAGAGAAGCAAAAUUCUUUCACAGUUUUGACAAGAAGUCUGAAGGAAUAGUUCUGAUUGUAUGAGUCAAAUCCAGGAGGUUUUCUGGAUCAAAGAAGUAUGCAGACAAAGGACACAAAGUGAGAGUGGAUCCCUGAAAGGUCCCUAGGUAACAUCAGCAACUGUGGCUGCUCAGCAGCCUGCUGGCCACUGAUUGUAGGUAAAGAUCUUGCUGUGCUUUUUCAGAGGCCAACAGGAGUAGGAUGAAGGUGGUGGCUCCUUUCUUUUAAAGCUAUAGCCUCAUUAAUGCUGAUCAAGAGCACAUGGUGCUUGCCUUCCUCCUCUGGUUCUAGCUGUAUCCUCAUGAGCUCUUCUUAGCCACUAGCAGCCUGUUUCCUAGAAGCCCAUUACUCACUCUUUCAGUAGCAGCAUGCUAAACUGCUGUGUCUUGUUUGUGCAUGUUUAACAGAACAGAUGAGGUGGACGUGUGGGAGGUGGGGAUGUACCAGUCUCUUUCUGAGUUUGUGCGGAAUUUCCAGAGUUAGGCUCCCCUCUCACAUCAGCCAGGGUUAUGUGACUUGAUUUCCUCUAGCUGCCAUUCCCAACUUCCAGAGGCUGAGAUGCAUUAUUCGGAUAUGAAAUUGGAGCAGAAUUUGGCCUUUUGAAGGUAAUUCCACCCUUGCAUAGGAUGGGGGAAUUUGAACAAUGGAAGCCAGCCAUCAGAGGCCUUUGAGGUGUAUAGGGAGCAGGCAUAUACCAGCAUAACUAAAAGGCUCAAGUAAGUCUAGUUUUCAGUGAUUCCUUUCCCUUGUGCGGAUCUUUCUAGGCAAAUCCCCACUUGUGAUGGGGAAAUGUUUGUCAUACUACAUUGCAAUGUUUCUUCAACAAAAGGAAUGGUUCCUGAACAGGAUGUAGCUCAUGUUAUGAUGAGCAAAGCUCUCUGGGGCAUGAACCCGCUGAUACUAUCAUCUCGUUCAUGGCCAGUCUGUUGGAUGAAUGGUCUCUGUGAGCAGCAGGUGCUAAUUAGCUGAGCAAGCAUUCCAUGGCCUACAGCUAGCUUGUGCAGUUGAAGCUCUCCCCAGAUUCUUGUAACCAAUUCCCAGAUACACCAUCAUUGCUCUUUCACAUGAAAAAGCCUCAUAUCUGAGUGUAUGAGUUGUUGUCUCUGAGUUAUUGUCAGGAAGGAGUAGUGUCACUAUUGCUGUCUUCCUCUCCUUACCAUACCAUUUUUGGCAACAAGAGGAAGGGUCAGAUUUCAAGUUUUGGCUCCUUUCUCUGGAUGAUGAAGAACCCAGUUUAAACUAGAACUUCUGGGUAUAUGAGUUAACCCCCUGAGAAUCAACUCAAGUUUAAUUAGUAGUUUACUCAUCUAAAAGAAAGUUGAGAUUCCUAAUCUAGAUGUUAGGUUAUGGAAAUGAAAUAAAUGCAGUACAAUCCCUUAGAGAAUCAUUAUCAGAUGGAAAAGACUUAAAUUCAAAUCCAAGAAUCAGUCUUUAGUAGAAAAAGUGCCUGUGUGCCCUCGGAGCCUGUAGGAUGACCACUCAGCACUUUGAGUUUUUGUGGUUUAAAACAAAACAAACAACUGUGCCUUUGGUAAAGCUGGGCCUAGAGAACAAAGGAUCUGAGAAGUGGUAGGAGGUCAGAGUGGGACCAGCACUAGUUUAGGGAAAAUUCUGGGAAGCCACUGUUGCUUCCCCAGAAAGAACCUCCCAAUGUCAGGGUUCUGCUAAGAAACAUGUGGGACAGGGCCUGGCUCUUAGGUCUGAAUUUCCUAUUGAAGGGUUCUUACUCUGUUGCGUUUUGGAUGCGUUAUUGUUCCUUUAGCACCUCUGGUGAAGAGAAUAGUAAAAAGCAGAUAAAGGGACUGUGGUAAGGAGGAGGAAGAAAGCUACCUGAGCUUUGUGGAAAGGAUAUAGAAGUGAAGAGAAAGUGUGGUGUUUUGAGCUUUAGGUCCUCAGAUUAGCUUGUCUCUUCUAGCCUAGAGUUCUAGUGAUAACACCUGCUGAACCCUGGGAAGCACCAAGCACCCUUGUCAGCUUUAUUGCAUGGCUGCAUUGACCUCCAGAUAUCAUCAUUACUUUUAGAAGUAGUGUUUGUUUUGUAAGGAAGGAAGCAGGUCAGGAAAGCAAGUGCUUGUUGGAAAGUCACACCACUUCUAAGUGGGAGGAGAGGGCUGGGUGCAGGCUUGGGAGCUGUCUGGAAGCAGAGCCUUUGUUCUCUUGGUAUAGGGCUUCCUAACACCAGGUGCUCUGAUGUUUCAGGUGAAGAGACUGUUUUCUGAAGGCUGCGUUGGAGGCUGUGACCGAGCAGAGAGCCCAUGUGAACUGAUGGGGAGGCUUUCUGAAUAACAUGGCCUUUUGCCAUUAGCCUUGCCAUGACCACAUUUUUCACCAGCGUCCCUCCCUGGAUUCAAGAUGCAAAGCAGGAGGAGGAAGUGGGCUGGAAACUAGUUCCCAGGCCUCGGGGCCGGGAGGCAGAGAGUCAAGUGAAGUGCCAAUGUGAAAUCUCGGGGACACCAUUCUCAAAUGGGGAGAAGCUAAGGCCUCACAGCCUUCCCCAUCCGGAGCAGAGACCAUAUAGCUGUCCUCAGCUGCACUGUGGCAAGGCUUUUGCCUCCAAGUACAAGCUGUAUAGGCACAUGGCCACCCACUCGGCCCAGAAACCCCACCAGUGUAUGUACUGUGACAAGAUGUUUCACCGAAAGGACCAUCUGCGGAACCACUUGCAGACCCAUGACCCCAACAAAGAGGCCCUCCACUGCUCUGAGUGUGGUAAGAAUUAUAAUACAAAGCUGGGAUACCGUCGUCACCUGGCCAUGCAUGCUGCCAGCAGUGGUGAUCUCAGCUGCAAGGUGUGCCUGCAGACCUUUGAGAGUACCCAGGCCCUAUUGGAGCACCUGAAGGCUCACUCACGCCGGGUAGCAGGAGGUGCUAAGGAGAAGAAGCACCCCUGUGACCACUGUGACCGGCGGUUCUAUACUCGGAAGGAUGUUCGACGGCACCUAGUGGUGCACACAGGUCGUAAGGACUUCCUGUGUCAGUACUGUGCCCAGAGAUUUGGCCGCAAGGAUCACCUGACACGCCAUGUCAAGAAGAGCCACUCACAGGAACUGCUCAAGAUCAAGACAGAGCCGGUGGAUAUGUUAGGCUUACUCAGCUGUAGCUCGACAGUCAGUGUAAAGGAAGAGCUGAGCCCUGUGCUUUGCAUGGCCUCUCGGGACGUGAUGGGGGCUAAGGCCUUUCCUGGCAUGUUGCCCAUGGGUAUGUAUGGUGCCCACAUCCCUACCAUGCCCAGUGCGGGCAUGCCACACUCCCUGGUGCACAACACACUGCCCAUGGGUAUGAGUUACCCUCUGGAAUCUUCUCCUAUCUCCUCCUCAGCUCAGCUCCCUCCAAAAUACCAGCUUGGAUCUACCUCAUACUUGCCCGACAAACUGCCCAAAGUGGAGGUGGAUAGUUUUCUGGCAGAGCUUCCUGGAAGCCUGUCUCUCUCCUCGGCUGAACCUCAGCCCGCCUCACCUCAGCCGGCGGCAGCUGCAGCCCUCCUGGAUGAAGCACUGCUCGCCAAGAGUCCCGCCAACCUCUCCGAGGCCCUCUGCGCUGCUAAUGUGGACUUUUCCCACUUACUGGGCUUUCUUCCGCUCAACCUACCCCCAUGUAACCCACCUGGGGCCACAGGAGGCUUGGUUAUGGGCUACUCCCAAGCUGAGGCACAGCCUUUGCUCACCACUUUGCAGGCUCAGCCUCAAGAUUCCGCUGGAGCUGGGGGACCUCUGAACUUUGGGCCUCUGCACUCCUUACCUCCUGUCUUCACCUCUGGCCUGAGUACCACCACCCUGCCUCGUUUCCACCAAGCAUUCCAGUAGCCCCUAUGAAGGUCCCCCAACUCAGUUUUUUGCUUCUGCCAGGGAGCCUAAGUACCCACCCCGUCCACCUCCCCCAUGAAGGCAGCUGAGCUUUCAGAGCUGGGUUCAAAAAGAAAAUUCUAGUGUCUAUAUGGAGCACUUGGUUUGGGGGUUCAGGCUCCAGGAUCAAUUUAGAGGGAUCCUUGAACCCAGCCCCGUGAACAAUCUAUCAUAGGACUUUCAGGUAUUUUUACUUUUAUUUUUUGAUCUGAACUGGGAGCUAUAUUUAGUCCUCUGCCUCUCCAAAGCAUCAGAACCACCUUCAGUCUGGAGAAGGGGAAGCCUCUUGGAGACAGAGGGUUUCACCUUAUAUGACCUCAAGAGAAAUAGCCUAAGAAGCCCGCCUUCUGGUCCCAAUCUGCAGACCCUCCAGCAGUUGGCUGUUGAGUCCCUGCUGUGGAAGUUCUCUUGACUAUCACCUGCUUCCAGCUACCAGACAAGAAAGACGGCCUCUGUUCUUAACCAUCCCGCCCCACACCACCCACAGCUCCCCUUCAGUCAGUGUUGUCCAGCAACGGUACCGUUUACACAUUCACCUCCGACACACCAUUUCACCUCCCUCGCCACACUGUUAGCCUUAGAGUGAUUGCAGUGAACACUGUUUACACACCGUGAAUCCAUUCCCACCAGUCCAUUUCAGUUGCCACCAGCCUGAACCACUCGGUACCUGGUGUUAACUGGAGCCCUGUUUACAAGGCGGAGUCGGGUCUUGCUGACUUCUCUUCACUUGAGGUCACAUUUUUCCCCCGUGGGGAAAUAAACUGACUUUGGACUGCUUCAGUUUCUGCCAUCUUCCAUGACUGCUUCUAUUCCUGCCUUUCAUGGCAGUGUCCACAGGAGAUAGGCAAGAAGAUUGGAGCAGCUUUCUCACAGGUCUGCAAUUUGGAUUUUCUCCAAGUACAUCAUGACACCUUCGUCCUCCUGAACUGGAGAGGGGAAGAAAUGAAAGGCAUCCCGUAUCAACCAUUUCCUCAGCCCCUGACCCCACCCUGGACAUCAUGAGCAGUUUUUCGUCUUGGCAGGAGGGGUUCUGGGGUUCGGGCUGGAUAGCAGAGGAGAGGGAUGAGCCCUGCGUUUAUUUCCCUUCUGCUCGUCCUUUUCCAGGACGCAAUGGAACUGUCUGAAGAAGAGUUUCUAGAAAGUUAGGAUUGGGCAGAUAGUUGAGUCCUAAUCUAUCAAAUCAUUGUUGCCUCUCAUACCAAAAUGUUCUUACCCACUGUCCUCCCCCUUCUCUGCUUCGCAGUCCCCAUGGACUCUGGGCAUGGUGCACUGUCGUCUUUGCUCUUCAUUGAGGACCUUCCACCCACCAUGGUCCCCUCAGUUGCACCUAGUGUCUAGCAAUGUCUCUUGCAAGAAAUUACUAAUUCUUCUGUUGACUUGGAGCUCGCUGCCACAGACAGCACAGCCCUUGCCCAGAAGCAGCUGAAUAAUUCCUAACCCAUUUCAUCUCGGUUCUGUAUGGGUUUUUCCCAUGCAUGGAAGGGAGGCAGCUCAGGGACCACCAUUGUGGAACCUUUUGAGACCUCUCUGAUUCAGAAACACACUUCUACCUCUUUACUGUUAACUCCUACAGAUGUAGCCAGCAGCCUGGGCACUUGUGUUAGUGGUGCCGUUUGCUGGCUUCUCCACUAGGGUUUCAGGACAGACUACCUAGGAACUGCCUCAAUCUCCCACCAGUUCUUCCCUGCCCCUCCCUUCUGUCUAGAUUCACUUCAGUUUAUUGUUGGGAACUGUGCAGGUCCAAGACCUGGACUCCUGCUUCAGCCCAGGCCAGUACUCCUUAUCUGAGGUGAAAGCCUUCAGUUUAGCUCCCUGGCCCUUGUGUGGAAGCAAUGUGGAGUGAAUGAGCAUAUUUUGGUUUAAGCAAGGUAGCUUGGAAUACCUUUUUAAAAAAACAACUGGAUAUAAAUAUGUCUGACAGGAUUAGAAUCAGACUAUGUGAUUUGCUUGUAAAGAUUAGUUUCAGUGAGUCCCAGGGACUAAUUAAGGUUUAUUUUUAAAAGCGUCUGCCUUGGUGCGCAACCACCUGCAUGCUAUGCAUGCUGUUGGGACUCGUAUUACAGGGAAUGGCAUUGAGAAGCCAAGUGGGACUCACUGCUGCCAUUCUCCUUGUGCUUGGUCUUCACUAGACCCCGGCCCCCUCUACCCUUCUUACCACCUCCCUAUAGCCUCAGCUUCAGAAGCCAGUAGCCUCCAGCCACAGAGUAUAGUGUUGUGGGCUGUUUGAGAAGACCUGUCCUCCUGAGCUGCUCCUUCCCGUGGUGCUCACAGACCAGCAGAGCACCUAUUGUAGAUCUUGUUCCACCUCUAAUCUUUCCUCGUUGUCUGUUCUUAUGUAUCCUUCAGUUUUCCCACUUCUCAGUGUCUUCACUCUAAGGACUUUUCCUGUCACUGUGAACUUUGCUGGUUAUCUGCCUUCAGUUUUUGGACCACAAACCACCCUGCAGCUUCUUAAACCUUUACCCAACCUACCACCCAAAAGAGCCUUUUGGCCAGUUGUUAAAAGGACAGGAAUGAUUUUAUUCUGUACUUGGAGCCCAAACUCAUUAAGGUACCCUUUAUGAGGCCAAGAGAGCCAGAGGGGCAUGUGCCCAGGACAGGAGCCAUGGCAUGUGGCACAGACCAAUCAGGGACCAGAAAAGAAUGAUGUCCCUUUCCUUGCCAUGUCCUUGAGCCUGUCAGUAAUGAACUGGCUGCAAGGGGACACACCUCUCAGCCUGCACAGCAGCUUGUCAGAGUGAGAACUGUCCUGGGGCCAGAGACUAACAUGCCCAGGUGGUGUCGGCUCAGAGGAUCCUAGCACCAUCUUAAGCAGGUGGGAGGCAGGGAAGGGUGCACCAGCGUGUCUUUCCCCGACUUUACAUGGUAUUUUGUUAAUGCAAAUCCGGGAAGCAGGUGUGAUUGCUUUUUGCUCGUAGAUAUUGUCCUAAGUUGAAAUCCCCUAAAUCUCCCUUACUAGCCUUUAAGUUCCCCCUUCCCUUUUUGGUAGCUGUUUUCUCUACCCCUUCUCCAUAAUUAAAAAAACAAAAAACAGAAAAACAAACAAAAAAAAAGUUGUAUUAUACAGGAUCAAUAUUUUGCUUUUUAACAAGGAUAUUUAUGUAAUAAGAAACUUUGCCUUAGGUAGGUGUUGGCCAGAAAAGUCCAGAUUUCUCUGUGACCUCACCCUGGCCUCUCCUGGAGCUCUGAACCUGCUGUGGAAGGAAGUGGCUGUGACUUUAACCACUGGAGAGUGGAGUGUGUGGUGUGGAGAGGGUGUUCACUGUGUAAUCUUGGGCUGUGUGGAGUUGUUCUUAUCACCUUGCUUCAGAUGUUACUUUGGCGUCCUCCACCAGUUCUCCAUGUGCACCUCUGCAUGGCCGGCACUAGAAUCCCUGAACACUACUUCACACCUCCCCCACUGCCAGCUGGUUGACGCUCUAGAGCCACUCUUUCUUAAUGCCAGAUUAUUUAAAGAAAAAUACAAGACAAAAACCUUCUAGCACUUUGUAAACACAGUGAAUAACCUCUUGGAGUAUUUUUGGCUUUAUAUAAAACAAGGUUUUUAAUUGUAAAAUAUAAGUGCCAUUAGAAAAUGCACAGGGCAUAUCUUUGUUAAAGUAGAUUUUUUCAAUGUUUUACAGAAUUAAUUUUCAAAAAAAAGUUUUUAUAAUGAAGUUGUUUAUUAAAAACUUCUGAAUGA